AUGGCUAUCGGUGUAGCUAUCAUCGGCAGUGGCAACUUUGCCAAAGAGCAACACUUGCCCGCCGUGCAAGCCGUCAAGGACCUGGAUCUCAAAGCCAUCUAUUCUCGAUCCCUUAAAUCGGCACAAGAUCUCGCUAGUAACACGACAGACAUCGAUCUCUACUCAGAGGAUUCCGGUGCAGGACGCUCCUACACUGAUCUUCUAAACCGUUCAGAUAUCAGCGCUGUAAUCAUCGGUCUCCCCAUCCUGGUUCAACCAGACUUCAUCCGUCAAGCACUCCUGGCUGGCAAACAUGUGCUUUCCGAAAAACCAAUUGCCAAGGAUGUCGCCACUGCACGCGAGCUUCUGUCUUGGUAUAAGAAAAACAUCGACACCAGCAAGGUAUUCUGGGCCGUAGGCGAGAACUUCCGAUACAUGACAAAGUUCUUGUUCGCAGCCGAGCAAGUCCGACAGAUGGGACAAGUACGCAAUUUCAGAGUGAACGUGCACAGCCUGGUGAAGCAGGAUAACAAAUACUACUUGACUGCCUGGCGCAAAACACCCGAGUACCAGGGAGGUUUCCUCUUAGAUGGCGGCGUACACAUGGUAGCCGGCCUACGAUUGAUCCUAGGACCCGACGAAAAGAUCACCACCGUCUCCGCGCACUCACAGCUACAGCAGGAAUACCUGCCCCCAGUAGACACCGUGGAUGCGGUGUUGAAGACCGGGUCCGGGGCUACAGGUGUUAUGUCUCUGUCUUGGGGCUCUGCAUUCAGUGAUAACGUCUUUGAGUUUUCUUGUGACAAGGGUGUGGUAAAGAUGCACUUUGAUGGGGUUACUGUUAAUGGACAGGACCAUGUCAUUGAGUUUGAUGGCAAGGGUGUGAUUCCUGAAGUUGCUGAAUUUGCGGCGGCUGUUGCAAAUAGCCGACCUGUUGCGAAGAGCCAGUCGCCUGAGGAGGCCUUGGCUGACUUGGAGGUUUUGGAGCAGAUGUUGCGGAGUGGAGACCGAGAGGGAGAGAAAAUGAAGGUUCAAUGGCAAUAG